AUGGUGUCUGAAGCGGAAUCGAUGGCAAGAGAGAGUGUGAUCGUGGUGAUAGAUGGUAAGAGAAGCAAAGGAAUGGUGGAGCCACUUGACUGGGCUCUUAAACACGUCGUUCGCCGGAAAAACAUCGUGAUCGUCGUCGCAAUUUUGGGUGAUAUGGGGAAGAAGAACGCUACUCAAUGCUUUCCUUUGAACAUGAGAUUUAACUUCUCUGGAAUAUUGGAAAAGUUGGAGUUUUCAAUUUCAUCAGGACAUGCAGAAGUGAAACCCAGAGAUCUUGGUGAAGAAAUUGAGAGAAAAAGGGAACAGUUCCAAGCUAUCCUUCAACCUUUCUCUAAACAAUGUAAAAGAAACGAGGUUAAGUUGGAGGUCAAACUUGCUGCUGGAAUAUGUCCUGAAGAAAUAACACUCAAAGAAGCAGAAAAUGCUAACACAAGAUGGAUUGUUCUUGACAGCCACUUAAAGAAGUACAAAAUGUGUAUAUAUUGGAAUGUUGAAUGCAAUGUUGCAGUAAUGAAAGGAAAAGAUGUUGCUACUUUAAUGCCAUCAAGGGCUCCCAAGCCUGAUUGCUCUCCUGUAAGUAGUGAACAAGCCGAUGCUGAAACUUGGCCCGAUGGUCGAUCCCUUAAUGAUCAAGAAACCGGAAAUCAGAACGUGAUUGAGGAAGGGGAAUCAUCGAUACAACCAGCUCCACGGGGUCCCUCUUGGGGUCCAUUACAAUUUAGACCUGGUUUUCCUCGAGAAUUUUUGUUCAGUGAAAUCGAAGAGAUUACGAACGGCUUCUCUGAUAUCCUUUGUCAAGAGGAAAACCUUAAAGUUUACGAAGGGGUAUUGAAGAAUACACCUGUUAUAGUCAAAUCUAUUCAAGACGAUGAACAGUUUUGGUCGAUGCUUACGAUCCUCUCCCGUGUACGCCACCGCAAUAUCAUGAACAUCAUUGGAUAUUGCUGUACCGCCACGAACAGAUUACUCAUAUCCGAUUAUCCAUGUGAUGUCUCUGCUAUUAACCUUUCUUGGAGAGCAAGGUGGUAUACUGCUACUGAAAUAGGCGGUAGCUUGCGCUAUCUCCAUGAAGAAUGCCCCGACGGACCGAUCGUUCAUCAAUCUGUUUGUUCAUCUAGCAUUGUUUAUUCUCAUGGCUGCUCACCUAUGCUAAGCAAUUUUAUGACAGCCAAGUGGUACAAAGGUGAUGUUCCUUUUAACGGGAAUUCAACUGGAAAAUGCCCAAACCUAGAGGAAGACAAGCAACUUUAUGUGGAUAUACAUGACUAUGGAUUGUUUCUUGUGGAGCUUAUUUCUGGAAAAGUUGCAGGUUGCUUUCCACAUGAAAAUGAGGGUCAGUCCUUGAUAGACUGGGCACUGCCGCUUCUAGAAAGCAGUUCAGUCACUCAACUGAUGGAUCCAAGAUUGGCGGACAAAGAAGAUGAUUUGAAGGUGGUUCAUUGUAUGGCUCGGGCAGCUUUGCUUUGUCUGAAAAAUGAUUCCGGUCGCAGUAUUUCCAUAAGCGAGGUCUUAGCUGUGGUUCGAGGCGAUCAGCAUGCAGUACUUCAGCUUUGA